AUGGGCCGUCCGCAAGACUCCAGUUCUGAGUCGGACUUCCAACCCGAACCAGAUUCUGAGACGUCGCAAAAGCAGAAGAAGCCAAAGACGACCAACGGUGCUGCUGGUUCAAACUCGCACAAGACCACUAAAGCCGUCAAAGCCUCACUCGCGCCUGCCCCACAACCUGCCCCCGUAGGCACACAAGACGACGCCUGCCCUAUCGACUGGGACCUCCCAGCCUUCCGAUACUUACGUCCCUACCAUUGCGAAAUCUCCGAGAUGCGCUCGCCCUUGAAGCCAAAGGCGGACUACAGUCUCACCAGAGCGGCAGAGAUCCUGAACAACAAAUAUGAGUCCAGCAAGCACCUGACGGAUGAGUCGUGGCGGAAGAGGUUCUCCGCGGUACAAGUCCUCGUGUAUAAGGCUACGGGUUUGUACUGGGCGCGUGAGUACAAGAAUGAAUUGAAGAAGAUUUUCGCUCCGCCGCACUGUAAGGCCACAAGGGCUGCCAACGGGCCGCAUGGCAAGAUGGACCCGUAA